CGCCGCCGCAGCACCGUGAGCCAUGGGCUGCGGGCCGUGGGCGCUGCUGGCGCUGCUGUGCGGGGCGGCGGGGGCGGCGGCCCCGCUGCGCUGCAAUGUCAGCCUGGACAGCCCGGCCGAGCAGCGCUGGCUGCCCGUGCUGCGGCACUUCGAGCCCGCCUUCCUGCGCGCCGCUGUCCGCCGGAUCAUCGACGAGAGGGUACCGAAAUGGGUUCACCAGGUCAUCCAGCCCAUAGCCGCCCAGCUGGAGGUUUUCAUGCCGCAGCCCUUCGCGGGAGAGAUUGCGGGCAUGUGCAAGGCGCUGGGAGUAGAUCUGGGAGAUGGAAUCCUGCUGAACUUCGCCUAUGAAUCCACCGCGUUCUGUACCAGCAUUGUGGCCCAGGAUGACAAAGGGAACAUUUACCACGGCCGGAACCUGGAUUACGCUUUUGUCGAUAUACUGAGCAAGAUCACAGUGGAUGUGCAGUUUCUCAAGGGUGGGCAGGUUGCAUACCAAGGCACCACAUUUCUUGGUUAUGUGGGCCUAUGGACUGGGCAGAGUCCACACAAGUUCACCAUCUCUGGAAAUGAACGAGAAGGUGGUAGCUGGUGGGAAAAUGCUAUAGCUGCUUUCCUCAAUAGGAAUUACCCUGUCAGCUGGCUUGUGCGAGAUACCCUGAGUGAAGCAGAGGACUUCCAGUCUGCUGUUCUCAGACUGGCUAGCAUUCCCAUCAUUGCUGAAGUGUACUAUAUUGUGGGAGGUGUCUCACCCAAGGAAGGCAUGGUCAUCACGAGGAAUAGAAGAGGGCCAGCAGACCUCUGGCCUCUCAAUCCCUUAGGUGGAGAGUGGUUUCGUGUGGAGACAAACUAUGACCAUUGGACUACCCCUCCCCCUUGUGAUGAUCGCAGAACUGCAGCCAUCAAAGCUCUCAAUGCUACUGGACAACACAACAUCAACUUUGAUACACUCUUUAAGGUGUUGUCAGUGAAGCCGGUCUUGAACAAUAACACAGUGUACACCACGGUCAUGAGUGCUGCGCUCCCGGAUCGCUACCAGACGUGGAUGAGAGGGGAGGAGUGAAGAGGAGCAGGUGGCACAGGUUUCAACACACAGAGUGAGAAGCUGAAGCUGUGCAAGACUAACACAUGCUUUUAAAGUCACUCCUGGGAGCAAUGCAGUGGCUUUGGUUCAUGAAUGAUGUGAGCCGCUCAGGAACCAGUGAUUUGUUAACUCUUUGAGGUGUUGCAGGUGAUCCUGUUAAUGAUCUGUAAUGGAAGUUUGAAUUUUCUUGUAAUUACAUUGUGGCUCUAGUAGAUGUUGAUGGGUAAAAAUGGCUUGUACUAUUUUUGGUAAGAGUUGUGCAUUGUACUUCUGUGCUGACUAAUAAAUACAUUUUGUAACUUA